AUGCUUGCCGCUCUUCUUCUCUUUCUCCUUUCUCUUGUCAUCGUCGCCAACCUUUCUCCAAGUCCGGUCUACGACAGCUCCAUAGGGGGCGCUCGUGACUUCGAUACCGAGCCUGAUGAAGGAGGUGACGAAUCACAGGGGCUGGACUUGUUCGAUGCCGUCAAGGUCGCGGUCGCUGUCGUAUGCGUCGUCAUUAUAUUCGUGACUGGGUUCCUUCUGUGGAAGUGUGGGUGGAGAAGUAUGGCGAGGGCAGUGUGUGGCCUUUCAUCUGGUAUGUCGGAUGCCUCUUCACUCGAGGACCAGGCCCUUACAAAAGUCUACUCCACAGGGCUGUUCCGUUAUUUGACAGGAAUGUUGAGGCUUGUGCUGGCCGCCCGUCGAGAAUAUCGCUCCAACAUUGUUGGUGCGCUCGACUGUCUGUGUGAUUACCUCGACGCUAUGGAACCCGUUGGAGUCGUCGUACAAUCCUCGAGCAUCACACAAUCCGUUGAGCAAGCACUGCCCUUUGACAUCUCGUUCGGAGGGCCUGGGCACAAUGCUGGAGAAGAUCGUCCACAGGCUCACACACCCUUCAUUGAGGUCGCAAGUAUCAUCGAACUGUUCUUGUAUCGUUUCAUGUGCGAGGCUCCACCGCAACUGAUGGCGUCAAAUUCACACCAUUAA